AUGGAGAGAAUAGAGCUUGAUUUCUUUUCAACGGCGAUGAACGUAUGGCUUUUCGAGCAAGUCAAGAACGCCAAAGAGAUCAGGAAAGCGUUAAUCCAAGCCAGUCAGACUAACGACCGAGCCGAACAGAGUAGGUUGGAUUGGGCCUUUAUUGAUGCUUCCAUGAUCACAUCCCGUCAACAUCUCAUCACCGCUGUCUCGCAAGCGCUUGUCACUCAGUCUCACGGGACCCUGAAAACAAAAACGCUUCAUUCUGAGGUCUUAUGGACCCUUUCACCUGGGACAAACAUCAUGGAGGCAAUCAAGAAGUUUGGUUUGGGGCCACAAACGAGCGCUCUGUUACUAGUCAAACUCCAGCCCAUCCAAGAGGGUGGUCACCCGUCAAGGGAAGAAUUAGAUCAAGCAGCACAGACACUCGUCGAUGGAAAACUAGUCAAGCUUGACGGUCAUCUCGGCAAAUCUAUGGCAAAUUGGAAGGAAUUGCGGCGAAUCUACAAGCUAAACGACGAUCCAGUGAUCAAAGAACUUGAAGAAAAGAGCAAGAAGAACGCCAGUGAUCUCGAGUGGCAUGCCAUGAUCAAUCAGCUCGUCACUUCAACCGUUGCUCUAAAGUCUGUUGCAGCUUGA